UGCUCUGACGUGUUAGCAGUCACUAAGCUUAACUGUGGCUGUGCAGUUGAAACAACAGAUUUUGAACGAACAAAGAAAAGAGGAGUUUCUUACUGUAGGUCAGAAAAAAAAAUGAGAGCAGAGGUGACUACUCAUCACAACAUAUGACAUGAAUCUCUCUAUCUCAGUCAUUCAACUGUGGGAGGAAUUGAAGUCAAAUCGUCUAGCCAAAUACGGCACAGUAACUGCGAUCACAGCUAUUAGUUUGGUUCUGCUGAAAAAGUGGAUUGCAGGUGGAGUAUGCCGCUGUCAUGUGCGACUGGAUGGAAAGACAGCUGUCAUAACUGGUGCCAACACUGGCAUCGGAAGAGAGACAGCACGUGACUUGGCAAUAAGAGGGGCUCGGGUUGUGAUGGCUUGUCGUGAUCUUUCAAGAGCAGAAAAGGCUGCAGCAGAGAUUCGCAGGUCUACGGGAAAUGGCAACAUAGUAGUUCGGCACUUAGAUUUGGCAUCUCUGUUCUCUGUACGGCAGUUUGCUCAAGAAUACACUGCCACAGAGGAUCGACUGGAUAUACUUAUUAACAAUGCUGGAAUAAUGAUGUGCCCUAAAAGCCUUACGAAGGAUGGCUAUGAAACCCAGUUUGCUGUCAAUCAUUUGGCCCAUUUCCUCCUGACUGUUCUGCUCCUGGACAUGCUGAAGAACUCUACUCCAAGUCGAGUUGUUAAUGUGUCCAGCAUUGUUCACAAUGGAGGUAAGAUCCACUUUGAUGACCUUAACUUCAACAAAGCACCAUAUGAUUCCCUGGUCAGCUACAGGCAGAGCAAACUUGCCAACCUGCUGUUUACCCGCGAGUUAGCAAGGAGGGUUCAAGGGUCUGGUGUAACAGUGUAUGCCCUUCACCCUGGAGUAAUCCGCACUGAACUGGGCCGUUACGUGCAGACACGACACCCACUGCUCAGUGCCCUGUUGUCUUUUCCUGCCCUCCUACUGAUGAAAAACCCAAAGCAAGGUGCUCAGACCUCCAUCUACUGUGCAGUUGCUGAGGGGUUGGAGACUUACAGUGGCUGCUACUUCAGUGAUUGUAAGCUGAAGGAACCAGCUCCAGAAGGUAAAGAUGAUCUUGCUGCCCUGAGGUUGUGGGAAGUUAGUGCAAAGCUUGUGGGUUACAAUGAAGAGGACUAACACCCCCAACAUCUCAUCAAGCUCUACUCUUAAUAUCGCAUGCCUAUAGAUAAAUGCUAUGCUCUCUCAGGACACCUUUGAAUUUUGUUUUCUUCUUUUUUUCAAAUGAAAAGUUUUAAUAAAUUAAAUAGAUGAUUAAUAUAAUCAGUUCAAUCAAAAUUACAGAAACUGUAAUGCAUUUUAGUCUGGAUAAAACAUGUAGUAAUCUGCCUUUCUAUGAAUUGAAGAUUGCCAUGAGUGCAAUUUUCUAGGAAAUGUGCUCAUUAAGAUCUUGGAUAAAAGCUAUGGCUCACUGUGUGACUAUGUCAGACUAGACUUUGACUAGACUUUGGUCCCAAUCGUCCCGAUUGAGAGUCGUAGCAGCAGUCACACUCCACGACUGCGUUGCAAAUUUUCUGUAACUGUCAGAACUUCUUAGGAGACCAAGAUUCAUUGCAAUUAAUCGGACAUCUGUGAAAAUUAGGUAAACACAGUAUUACAUUAAAGUGAUCAAAGACUGGCCAUUUUGAAUUACGAAGGAAAAUCUUCAACAAUCCCUAGAAUUUGUCUCAGACAGCAAAGUAAAGUGAACCUGGCUUAAACCAUUAGAUACAUUUCACAAAAUAUGGGACUAUCAAAACAUUGUUUUGUUUGUUUGAUUGACUGGCCAGCCCAACAUAGCAAUACUGGCUCAAUUGUAUGAGGUUGAAGUGUGAAAACUGUUUGGGAAAUCUUUUGGAAGCCUGUUUGAAAACUAUUUUGUCACCUCCGCUUGGAGACACAGGAAUUGAAUGCUUCACUUUUAAAGAUACUGUUGAAUUACACAAUGUGUUUAUACUGAAAAUGGUUCAUGGUAUAGGCAAUACCAAUUGCUGUUAAUAAACCUCAACAUAUUUCAUCAGAUCUUUUUACUGUUCAAAAUUGCUUUAGUGUCAAAACAUACAAUAAAUUUGAAC